AGGAUGGCACGCGAGACGUCGACGUCGGAGAUGACGGAGCUGGACAGCGACGGGUCGAGUUGCGGCGAACGCAGCGAUGCCAGAAAACGCGUUCGAAUCGACACGGAUUCGACGGGACCUAAGAAGAGGCGGAAACAAACUACACCCGUAAGGUUCUCCUCCAGCUUGACGACCGGUGUUCACGAGGAGUCGAACGACGACGAAGAGGACGACGGGGACGAAGACAGCGAAGGUAAGCUGUCGUCGCAGUCGCCGAUACCGCGUCGAUCGUCGAUCCGCGACGAGAACCUCGACAACGAAUUCCACUGCCAGUAUUGUAAUCAGUUUUUCGACAGCAAUGAAACACUAAACGUUCAUCUCGAUAACGAGCACGGUACCGCGAAUCGAACGGUCCGGCAACAUGAAAACAGCUCCCCGAAUUCCGCGAUAAAAGCAACCCCGCCUCGGCAGACGGAGCAAACCGAGCUUCCCGUGACCCUCUUUAGCGCGAGAAACUUGGCGACGAACUGGCUAGGUACGGGGCAACGCGUGCAAACGCAAUCGCAGUCGCACGUGCAGAUGCAGUCGCAGAACGAGGACCUGUGGUCAGGUCCCGCGAGUCAAAUCGCCGCCGCGUUACCCAAUCAUUUGCAAGCGUUUUCCGGUUUUCCCAGCGCCCUGGCGCAGUAUUUACCUCUGCCGGCGUUUCCGCUGGCAGAUUCCGCUGGUCACAUGACGAGACCGUCGAUAGGACCGGCGCCUGUCAGGAUCUUCAACCCGGACGCGUACUGCGACCUGUGCAAUAAAGAGUUCUGCAACAAGUAUUUCCUCAAGACGCACAAGGCGAACAAGCACGGGAUCUACGUUGAUUCGCCGGGACCGAGCGGACUGGACAAUAACGCGCCAGGAGCGGUUUAUCCCGGAAAUGUCCUCGGUAGCGUGGUUAAGCUGGAACCACUAGCGGCGCCGACCACGCCGCCGACACCGAGCGUGGCGUGCGAUCUUUGCCAAAAACGCUUCAGAAACGAGGAAUCGGUGCGCAAACACAAGCAAAAGGUGCACACCGAGCUGCUAGAUCAGUCGCUGGACCCGCAAAUCAAUCUGUCGCUGAACGAGGAGGAAAGGGAGAUGACGAGGGACAGCCCUGGGGGUAUGGAAACGCUUUUUAAACAGGAGUACGGGGUAGAACAAGAGGAUGCAACGUACGUGCCAGCGCCCAGACACUUAUCGCCACGAUCGAUUCAGCAAGCGAGGGACGCUGGUUUUAACGCCGAUCGGCUGCGUCGUUUAGGAGUCAUAAAUCCGGACGCGUUUUGCGAGAUAUGCUGUAAAGAAUACUGUAACAAGUACUUCUUACGGACGCAUAAAAUGAAGAGACACGGCGUUGUCGUUCAAGAUAACGAGAAAUCGCCCAGCACACCGGGAUCGGCGGCCAGCUGGCAUCAGGUGCAGACCAGCCCGUUGAAUUUAAUCGUGACGGAGAGUAUCAGCAGCACGGAGUCCAACGAGCGACCAGGGGACGAUUACGAGUGCAAACCUUGCGGGAUACGGUUUCAAACGAUCGGCCUCUAUCGAGCGCACUGCCGGAAGAUGCACGAGACCGAGGAACAACGCUCGCCUAAACAGGAGUACAACUUGGAAACACCGGAUCAGCGGAACGACUCCAUCUCCGAAGACCUCCAGAAAUUACAGACCAUGCUGUUGCAACUGAACGGGCUCAAGUCUAGCAAGGAAUCGUCGUGCACCAUUUGCGGAAAAGAGUGCGAGACCAGAAAGGGUUUGCACGUUCACAUGGUAACGGAACACGCCGUCGGCGUCGUCGGCGAGGACUCGGCUUCCUCGCCGUUGGAUAAGUCACCGUUGACCGUCGCGGCGGCCGCGUUCUGCGCUCUCUGCGGGAAAGAUUAUCCGAGCCAAGACGCUCUCGGUAGACACAUCGCGGAGGAACAUCAGUCCGCGGUUUCGAGUUCCGCUCCUCACACUCCCUCAACCGCGGUCGUCACCGCCGCGACGAUCAAUUCGAACUCGACGAGUCAGACUCCGACGUCCGAAAGGAAAGUUACGUCGAUGACGCCGACCUCGAGCUACUGCGAGAUAUGCAACAAGGAGUUGUGCAACAAGUAUUUUAUGAAGACGCACAUGCAGAGAAUGCACGGCAUCGAGAUCGAGAACGGAGCUCAAAUCGGCGGCGUGAUAUGCAACAUCUGCAACAAGGAGCUGUGUAGCAAGUAUUUUCUACGUGUUCACAAGCACAACACCCAUGGCAUCGUCGACGAAAACACACCCAGCUCGACCAAACAGGAGACACACGAGACGACGAACACGGACGACACGGCUUUGAAACCGGAACAACUCGGGGACUUGAGCCACAGAUACUUUACUCACUUCACGGAGGUUUGUCCGAUAUGCAGCAGAAGGUUCCGCAGCAUAAAGUGGCUGAAGGCGCACCUGAUGGGCGACCACGGGAAAAUCGGGAUCGAUAAAUGGCGCGAAAUGGAACAGCAAUACCAAGCGGCGCCCAGAACAACGAACAGAGCGUUCAAUACAUCGAAAACCGCUCAGAUCUCGAAUCUGAAGAUACCGAAUGGAUUCGAGACCUCCCAAUCGAUUAAAUCCACCGAUUACGCUGGCUUGGGAAAUCAAGUACUUUCGAAUUUAUUGGGGACAUCUUCGGAGGAUCACCAGUCGAAGAGCUAUCGCUGCUCGUAUUGCAGCUUCACCACUACCGUGCUGCCGUUCCUCUUUCUUCACGAGAGAUCUCACGUGAAUUCAAACGAGAACGCGGAGGGCGAAAAGUCGUUGCAGUGUCCGAUUUGCUCGCAAGGUUUUCAUCAACCGGAGAUGUUGCAUCAACAUCUACUCACGGCGCACCAGUUUCCGACGUUGCUGUCGCACUUUCAACCACCGGUACUCAAUCAUUUAGGGUUGGACGCGGAGAGAUCGAGCGAGCCCAGAGAGAAAUUCGAUUCGGAAAUUAAGGAAGAACGUGCCGAGGACAGUCCGCGAGUCACUGGCAACCAUACCAUUCCCGAAUCGAUCAGAAGCCAACGACAGGACGACACGGCGGUUCAGGUCACUCCUCAAGGUGUAUAUAAAUGCGCGCAGUGCGGCUACGCUACGACCAAUUUGAAUCGAAUUAAAAGGCACGUCAGAAAGGAUCACAAAGCGAUCGGCGAUCCCACCGAUAGCGUGAUCGCCGAGCUUAGCAAAACUUUGAAGGACGUUGCCAACAGGCACAAAAUGCCAGCUUGCUACGCGAUGCCGCAAGAUAUGAACUCGAACGCCGAUAAAACGAUCAUGCAGCCGUUCUUGUUGGAAGAACAGGACGUUAUGCAAGCUGGCGAGGAAUCCAGCUCGGAGAAACGAUUCGUACCGGCACUGGUCUAUUUGCCGGUGAAAUCGCGGAUCGGCAACGCGUUGACCGCUUCGUUCACCCUCAGUCCCGCUUGA